AUGAUAGAUCAAAAUAGUUUACAAAAUGAUGUACAAACAUUUGAUUCUCAAAUAUAUCAAUCUGUACAUAAAGAAAUAAAUAGUUUGAAUCUAUUAAAUGUUUAUCUACAAUCAUCAUUGUACAAAGCACAAACUCAACUAUUAACAUUAACAAACCGUUUCAAUAAGGUUAAUAGUGAAAAAGAGUUCAUUGUUGAAAAAUUACGAAAAUCUAAACAACAUUAUUAUAAUGAGGAAGAAAAACGAAAAAUUAUCGAACAAAAUGUAACAUUUAUGAAAAUAACUGAAGAUGUAAGAAAAUUAUAUGAUACGAAUCAAAUACAAAUAUUUUCAACAUUAGCAACAAAUAAUGAUUUUUCACAAUUUUUAAAAAAAAGUGAACAUCAAGUUGAACAAUUACGAGAUAUAUUUCAUGAAUUAAAUAUUGCUAUUACAAAUGAUCAUGAUGAUCAUAUCAGUAAUUUACAUAUAUCAUUAAAUCAAUUAAAUCAAAAUGUUGAAAAUACACGACAAGUUGUUGAUAAUGUUGUACAUGCACAUCAAACUGAAAUACGAAAAAAAAUAGCAAAACAAACUAUACUUACAUGUAUAACAUUCAUAUUUAUUUCUAUUUUAAUAUGGAUGAUUAUUACAUUCUCGAUCAUAUUAAAACAUAAAUAA